AUGGCCGCCCCUAAGUCGGGCGGCUUUAAAAUGUCGCUGGGAGCGUUGAAGGCGAAACCAGGGCUCAAGGCAUCUCCCGCGCAAAAAGACAACAAGAAACCAAAGGCUCUACUCGGCGAUGAUGAACCAGACGAUUCGGUCAAACAGCAAGAAAUCACAGGAUGGGAUGUAGCAGAGGGUGGCGCGGUCGAUGCUGGCGGCAAGAAAGAAAAGGAACAGCUUCGUGUCAUCCCAGUUCUCCCAAAUCGUGACUGGCGCGCAGCAGCACGGCGGAAACACCUUGCGAAAGCACCACACCAACAAGCGCAGAAUGAGACGGUUGACGAGAAGCAGAUGGAAGAGCCCAAAAUGAAGUUUGGGCUCACCGUUGUGCAAAAGGACGAGAUACAGGAAGACGGAGCUGCAGAGGCUGAGGCGCCAGAGCCAAUGGAGGUCGAGCAAGACAACCUCACAGAACAAGAACGGCUGGAGAAGAAGGCCCUGGACGCCUUGAUCACGGGCAAGUCGACGGACAACGACCUCGUAAUACCCGUACAGACCGAGGAGGAGGCACUCCGCAACGAUUUGGACAACGCGCCCGAAGCCCCGACGCUCGAAGCAUACGAAGCAACUCCGAUUGAAGGAUUUGGUGCAGCGCUACUCCGCGGCAUGGGCUGGAAGGAUGGCGAAGCCAUUGGCAAAAACGGGCCUGCUGCGAAACCGAAGGAAAUCAAGAGGCGACCAGCACUGUUGGGCAUCGGGGCAAAGGAGGAAGCAGCUGUAGGCAUUGAGCUUGGGGAAUGGGGCGGCGGUAACGGCAAGGGCAAGGGCAAAAAGGUGGCCCAGAGCUACAAUCCCGUUACGCUACGAAACAAACACACGGGCGAGAUGAUCACAGAGGAGGAGCUCAAGGCCAAGCUCGAGAACCAGCAACUCGUCCAAGAGGAGAAGCCUCUGAAAACAAAGACCAAGUACGAAGACAACAGCGAGGACGAGCGCAGGCGGGAACGGCGGAGAGAAAAGCGCGACGAUCGCGACCGCCGACGCGACCGCGACGACUCCGACUCGUACCACGACCCGGAGCGGAGACGAGACAAGGACCGCCGACGCGAAAAAGACGAUCACUACCACGAUAGCAACAACGGGCGGCGCGACAGCGAGCGCCGACGCGAAAAGCGCAGAGACCGCAGCCGUAGUCCAGACGACGCAAAAGAAAAGCGCAGCCACCGCGAUCGCUACCGUAGCCGCAGUCGGGAUUCCAAGCCGAAAAGCAGCGCCGCCGACCACCGGAGAAACCGCAGCCGCAGUCGCAGCCAUGACUCGGAUGAUCGCCGCAAACGGAGACGAGAAAGGGAUUAUCGCCAUCGUGAUGAUGAUUAUAAUAACGAAGAUGAUGAGCUUCGUGACCGGUAUGAGCGGAAAAACAAGAAACAUAGAGAUGACAAGUAUUACAAGUAAAUGUGUUGAUCUUUUUUUGUACCGAGUCGUUAGUCAUUACGUUACAUACAGAAUGUGUACUGUAUGUUGGAAGAGCAGGAAGAAAAAAAAGAAAAGGUAAAGUAAAUAAACUUUCUUUUUUGUGGCUGUUAUGCAUCGGGGUGUCGGAGUUUGACAAAGUUUGGGGGUCGAUAGUUUGCUGCAUGUGCAUGUGCAUGCACGACUGACUGCAUUACACAUACCUUUUGAGUUGAGGAAAUGAAAGAAAAGAAGAAGAA